AUAUAUGUGAUUUUGUUAAAAAUAUGAUUUUAAUAUUCACGAGUUGUCAGAUAAUCGUAAGAUAUGAAUGAAGAUAGCAAAUAUUAUAGCUACAAAAGCACUUUGCAAAAAUGUCAGCUUUGGAAUCAUUCAUGUAGAUGUAAAUGAUUGUUACGUUAACAUUUGCCAAUAUUGAUUAUUGAAUAUGACGUGGAAUCCUUUAAAGAAGAACUACUUGACCCAGAGACCGACUUCUGCGCCGCCACUUUUGUCUUAUGCAGAAGAUAAAGAAUUGGACGUUGUUGUUCAAAAGCUCAUCUAUGUGGAAAGCGCAAUAAGAAAAUUGACCAAGGAAAUGAAGAAAUAUAUAGGAGCUCUUACAAAUCUAGACAGGGCUGAUCAACGAUUAAGUACAAAUCUGAUCAAUUGUGGACUGGCACAAAAUAACGAUGAAUGUAGGAGAAUAGUAGAAGAAUAUUAUUCUGUCGCUACUCAAGUAGGAAAGAACGUUCAAGAAGUCAGCAGCUUAUGCCAUAAAACAUUUAUAGAACCCUUAAAAAAGUUCAGGAAUGAAUUUAUUACCAUCGCUGCGGCAAUAGCAAAGCGAGAGGAUCUAGUAACCACGUGGAAAUAUGUGUACAAUCGUGUAAAAAAAUUACAAGAGAAGAAAGACAAAACUGCGAAUCACAUCGCGAAGCUUGAAAGAGAACGACGAGCAGAGGAGACGGCCGCCAAAGAAUUGAAGACUAUACACGCUCAAUUACUCACGGAAUUACCAACGUUUCUUGGUAAAAGAUUGGAGUACAUCAAUCCGAGUAUUCACGCUGUGAUUAUGAUACAAUUAAAUUAUUACGGACAUGCGACGCAGUUAUAUACGCAAUUGAUGCCUAUUAAGUAUUCUUCUGAAUUCACAUCAAGCACAAUAGUACCUGAGGAGGAACAUCAGCGAGUUAUAAAUACUGAAUUAAAUAGAUUGCGAGCGCUAACUAUAGUAAAGGAUCACUGAACAAGUACAAUACAUUCCUCUAAAAAUUUCUGAAGCAAUGUGUAAUAUAUAUAUAUAUAUAUAUUUUUUAUACAAUUAUUU